GGGGGCCAGUCAUGGUCAUUUGGCAGGCCAGAUGUGGCCCGCGGUCCGUAUAAUGCCCAGGUCUGCUGUUGUACAUACUUAAGUUGGGAGGGUGAAGCAUGUGUCAGGCAAACCCCUUGAUAUCAAAGGCUGUCUGGGAUACCAAGACAUGAUUGGUAGGAUAUUAGAAAUGCCCCCAGCCCCACCCCAUGGUCUGGCUGUGGACUUGCAUGCCAACAAUGUUUUUACAAUCCUAUAAAAUGUAUUUAAUCAAAGGUGAUAAGACUGAACCAGUAUAUAGACCUUGACUAACAGAGGCUCAAUCAGCUCUAAAAAAUUAUCAGUCUCCAUCCUUAAGUCUAGUUUGGGAAUACUCUUAUAACCUACGUUUCUUCAGUAAAUGCCUAGUGCUAGACACCACCUGAUGUGGCUGUAUUGACAGUAUGCUACUGGGGGUUUUGUUCUUUAUCAAUGUUCAGUAAAACUGUUUUCACUAUUAAAACAAAAGUUACAGAAGACCUGUGUUCCACAUGGUGAGUGGAACAAAAGUCAGUGUGAUGAUCUUGAGACUCUUAAACAUAAGUACGGUAAGGAAAAUCUUCUCCAGGGUGAGAACAUACUUAGAGCAACUUGCCUUCUUACCUAACAUGCAGCACUGUAAAGUGAAUUUGCACAGUAGCAUGUUGGUCUGAAUCUACACUGCAUUGCUAGGUUUGGACUGUGCAAAAAUUGCCCUUAGAGCAAAGGCUCUCUGUGUCUGAAAUGUGAUGGUGAAAAGUUCUGAUGCAACAGACGUUUCCUGCUCCACAAGUCCAAGGUGGGUGGAAAACCUCCUUGGUAGAAGAAAUAGCAAAAUUCAAAAUAUUAAAAAUCCUAGACCAAUCACAGAAUUUUUAAGCAUGUAGCCAUUUCCUCUUAUUCUGGCAAUAAAUGUAUAGGCAAUACCUGGAUCUGCUCCACUUUAACGCUGCCUUGUCUUAUUUGUACCUUGUGUUCUUCCACUUAGGCCUGUUAGAACAUCCUGAAACCAGUCAAUUGAAACAGUUGUUGAUGAACAAUGGUUCCUUUAUUGCAGGUCAGAAUAAUUCAGAACAGUACAGAGUACAAAGACGCUUCUGGCUUGCCCCAGCCAGAACAUAACUAUUUGAAAGUAACUAGCCAGCCCAAUUCCUCCCCCCGCCCCCACACAAUCAUACAGCUGUACUCAGACCAAACUAUUUGGCCUCCACUAGCUGAGCAGAGGAGAGAUAAGCGGUCAGGGAAUAGCAGAAGAAUAGUUUCACACAGCAUAUUCACACAGUCCCCAUCCCAGUCACCCCAAACACCUGUCUUUUCCUUUGCUGAGCAAGUAGUAUUAUUGCAGCCAUCUUUUGCCUUCUUUACUUAAGCUUCAGAUUUGGCAUGGUGAUGUUUUAUUCCUGCUUGUGAUACCAUGGAGAUCAUAUCCUACAAUUGAUCAACAUUUGCAAUGCUAAUUGCUCAUAGCCUUGGGAGCCCUACACUGGGUGGAAAGGCAACAUAAAACAUUUUAAAUAAAUGAAAAGGUUUGUUUUCUUUACAUAUUGCUUCAUAAUUAAAGAAACUGUAGAGUGGAGGAAGGAGAGUUUCACAUGGCGGAAAGUAACACUGGAAUCACUAGUGCCAUGAUCUACAGAAGGGAUCCCCAACCUCAGAUGUUUGUUAAUAUUCAUAGAAUCUUGUUCAGUGAAAAUGACUAUUCUUGCAUAGACAUGCUUAGGUUAUUGUGGUUGAAAUUGACUUAUGGUUUUCAGUAAAACCUACCAUGUUGAUAAUCAUUUUUGUUUGAACUUUAACCACUUAAAAUCAAACAGAUUUUUGGACUUCAUUAUUUCCACAGGGGAUCACAUGCUGGAAUACUCUCUGGAAAGCUCAUGAAAAGGCAACACUCAACUUAAGGAUAAGCUCAGACCAUAAAAUGCUAGUUUAUCAUACAACUGAGGAUGUGUGUGUUUUUUAAUGAUGUUUCUCCACUGUUUGAAACACUAAAAUCCAGAAAGGUCAUGUUAUGUGCUAUAGGCAUGUACUAGUUUUAAGAAAGAUCCAGCUAAGAAACAGUAAAAAUAUUUUCAAAAUAAGUAAUAUUAAGGAGGACAAAUGAUUUUUCAAGUGAUUCCAUGAUUUUUUUCAGUUAACUUGUCUGCAGUCAUCAACCUGUGUGAUUGUGGCUUUUUGUUUUAAAAGAUGAGAGAUAGUCACAGGAGGCUUGAAUAAGUUUGUUUUAAACAGUCUGCCUGUUUGUUUUGUUUCCUUUUUCUUGUCUCUCAACUCUUGUUGCUUAAUCCUCACCUGAAUUGAUGUGGUGCCUUUGUUGCCUCAGCAACCAUUUAUUACAUUCUUCUUGCAGUAUUAUUGGGACUCCCUAUUAAAUUAGCUAUUACAUCUUCUAUAAUGCAUUUUAAUAAUUCAGUAAAAUAAACUUUAGAUGAUUUUAAAGAACAGUGCUAGAAAAGACUGAAAACUAUUUUGGGAUGAAAACUGUACCUGUGUUUUUGAAAAUAGGAAAACACAUCAGACUGCAAAGAAGAAUGGUAUGACGGAAAACCCAUUUUAUAUCUUAUCGCCUAAUUAAUUCAUUUUUAAAUGCAGAAAUCAUUUAUUGCAAAAUCAGGGUGAAAGCCCUCCCAAGCCCACAGCCAUACAGACUUCUAUGGAAAGACAAGUCGGCUUUCACCAACAAUGCAGCAUCCAAUGUCUCCAGAGACCAGACCACCAGCUACCCAUUUUCCAAGGUCCCAUCUUGUGGAAGCAGUUGCCAAGGCCAAGGGAGGUGGUGGUGGAGGAGGUGGUGGCGGCAGUGGAAGAGGUCUUGUAGGACAAGUCAUACCAAUAUAUGGAUUUGGGAUCCUUUUAUACAUACUCUAUAUUCUUUUUAAGCUUUCUUCUAAGGGGAAAACCAUGACAGAGGAACAGAAAUGGCCUCCUUCAGCACCUGGCAACAUGAACAGGAAAAUCACUGACUAUGAGCUAGCCCAACUCCAAGAUAAGCUGAGAGAGACUGAAGAAGCUAUGGAAAAAUUAAUCAAUAAAGUGGGACCCAACUGUGAGAGCAGGGCCCAAAAUGUCACCACUGACCAAGAGAAAAGACUACUUCAGCAACUCCGGGAAAUUACCAAGGUCAUGAAGGAGGGCAAACUCAUAGAUGGUAUCUCCCCAGAAAAAGAAGCAGAAGAGGCUCCUUAUAUGCAGGACUGGGAAGGUUAUCCAGAAGAGACCUAUCCUGCAUAUGAUAAUUCUGAUUGCUUCAAGCACAGACAGGACACUGUCCUUGUGGAGUAUCCUCACCCAAGCCAACCUUCUGCUGAAGAGAUAGCAGAGAGAAUGGAAUUUGUGGAUGAUGAUGAGUGUGCAUGUAGUGAAACCCUUUUGUCUGCUCUUGUCACAGUGAAUAAUGACCUUGUGUCAAGACAAGAGAAGGAACAAGCCACAUCCACUGAUCACAGUCGGGCCAGCCAGAACUUUGAAAAAUGCCAGUGUUGUCACUAUGAAGAUGACCACCCUGUUGUUAUAGCAGAGAAUGAAGGAUUCUACCUUGAAAGCUGCAGUGAAACAGAAAACCUGGCCAAAGAGGAGCUGCUAGUGGAUUCUGACCUUGAAAACAGUGCAUCCAAAGACCAACAUUAUACAAAUCCUGACAAAAUUGGCAUGCUGCGGAAGCGAAACACAAGAGGAACUGAGCUGCUGGGAAAGUGAGGAUUGUGUGCAGUCACGGCACUUCUGCUGACUCUCAUCUUUGCCCACAAGAAAAAGGCUUAUCUUCCCCCUUGUUUUCCAGCUGCAACUGGGGCUUAGCAACUGCUGCUUACUUGCAAUUGGUGAUGUUCCUUGUCCGCUAGUUAGCCCAGCAAAAACAGUAUCUCUGCCUUGCAUGUUAUAGCCUCCCCAGAAAUCAACACAACCAGGCACCCUUCCUUCCAGUUUACUGGAUCCUGGGCUUAAAACUUAACUUCACUGCAUGUUUGAUUGCUGUACAAAGUUUAAAAAAGAGUCAAAUAGCAAUUUUCCCACUAAAGUUCUAACUGCUUGGCUAAAACGUAUGUAAUCUAUUAGCAGAAUGGUUAGGCAUGAUCAGGUGGCCCAGUUCAGGCUGUGCCUUUUGGGUUUCUACAAAAGGUUGACAGAUUACCAAUGGUUUAGAUUAUUGUGAUAUUUUACCACUAGAAGGACUUUUUGAUGUUUUUCUGCAGGCAUCGGACUGUCUAUUAUGUUUUCAUCCUGCCCUCUCUGCCAGGAACUCGGGCAUUGCAUCAGGUUCUCUUUUCUUCAUCCUAUUCCUUGCACCAGCUCUGUGAGAUUGGUUGGGCUGAGAAGGACCCAUUGAGCUUCAUAGUAGUGUAGGGAUUUAAACCUGGUUCUCCUAGGCUUAGAGCAAUACUGUCCUGUCCUUCAUUUUCAUGCAAUUGAUUUUGGCAUAUAGGCAAACAAUUUCCCUUAAACCAGAUGAGUAACUUUCUCCUUUUCUCGUGCAUUGAAAUGAAAUACAUCAGGGGACCGGUUUUUCUAGAUUAUGAAUGCACAUUUAGCGGAAUGAACCAAUUUAUUUCACCUGGCUUAUAGCCCAGGAUUUCAAUUAUGAUUCACAGCUUGUACUACACAAUUAUGUAACUUUGAAACUAAUACUUUCAAAAUUUUACUUUAGCGUAUGAGCACUCAAGGGUCACACACCACCACCUCCAACAGUCAAUUGAUUUAGGCAGAGAAGAAAGGCACUGACAACAGGCAAUAGUUGCUAUUGGACAGCUCAGGUAGAAGCAUCUGCAGAACAUCACAUCAGAAAGCUGUCAUGGAAUAACCCCAAGGAAAGCCCCAGAGGACUUCCAGGGAAAGGCAACUGGUAAAGGUUCAAGAUAAUAUGGAUAUCAUUACAGCUAUUAUAACUUUUUAAAAUAUAAGUAAUCAUACAUUAUUAACCUUCUGCGAUAGCCAAAACAUGUGACAAUUAAGUAGUUUUUCUCUCUUUUCCCCCCACAGGCUAUACUCUGGAAUGAAAAGUGGCCUCUGUGUGUGUAUGUGUCUCUUAAUGCCUUUCCUUUCAGCUGGUUUUCUGUUGGGCACAACCAAUACACAACAGAACAAGUUCAUGGAAAACAUUGCAUGCACGCUGCCAUUUCCCAUGCACUCUUAAAAGACACUGUUAAGGGUUGGGGAUCUUGAAAAACUGUGGAGGAUGCAGGGCAGGUGGUGGGGAUACAGUGGGAAAAGGGAAAUUAUCAAAAACUCUACUCUUCCACACUUGUAAAGGUCUUUGCUCCCUCCAUGACAAAGAAGAUAGGGGUAAUUUUUGCUACUGCAGCUCUUCAACCUCCGUUGGAAGCAGGGUGUAGUAGGAAAAGGGGAAUGCACUCUUCCACAAUACCACUCCAUUUGCAGUCAAAUUCAAUCCUACGUAAUUGGUUAUAUUUAUAAUUUAAAAUAGUUGCAAGUUAAUUUGAUUAAUGAAAAGGGACACAUGUGCAAUGAUAAAGACUUUCUCCAUUAUUAGUUGUUUCCUAUGCAGUGUCAUGACCAUAUCACUCGUUAAAUACAUCAUACAGAUUUAAGCCCCACUCCCUUUUCCCAGUGGAUUAUAUGGAAUAUCUUGGGUAGCAGUUCUUAAGAUGCCUUUUCAGGAUAAUUCAAAGAGUAGGAAUAAUUGAGAAUACAUGACUGAUGGUAAAAGUUCCCUUUUUUCCAUCCAGAAAUGAAGGGAUGAAUGUUUCCUCAAAAAUGCAAUUGUUUUUGCUCUACCUGAUAAGAAUGAGCUGUAGUAAGAAAGGAAACAGUGACACUAGGGCAAUAUUUGUAGCUUUUGCUGCCAUGAAAUCUAUUUUGUGGAAACUCCAAAUUUUUAACACUAGAUGUUGAGGUCAACAGGAAUUGUACCAUUUAUCAGGGUCUAUUCCAGGGAUAUAUGACUUGGGUUAUUCCCAGUCUUCCAGCUUUCAACAAAACCUGCUUUAGUAAAAAAAAUUGAUACAGCACUAUUUUAUCAUACAUGUUUGAAUUUGCAGCAUCCUGCUUUGAAAUGUAGGUUGUAGCACAAAGGCACAGGAUAGGAGGAAAUAUUAAGUGUAUCUCUGAAAAUUUAUUACCAUACUUAUUUUACGUGAAUAAAACAUUGUACAUACAUUUAAUUGUACAUAAAUGUGUAUUGUUUGUGGCAUAAUAAGGCUGGGAUGAAAUACAGGUUUUUUUGUGACUGGUGUGGAACAUGCUUACUUGUGCCUUUAUAUUAUGCCAUUAUAAACAAAGUUAGCACAUUAAUUUUUUUAUAAGAACGAAGAUGUAGUAAUAGAGAAAUAUUCACAUGUUGAAUUUCUAUCUACUGUACUAGUAUUAAAGAGGCAGAAAUCUUGUCAAAAAGAAAAAAGAGCCGUGCUUUCCACUGAUACAAGAUGGAGGACUUCUGAAAAGACUGCAGCAGUGAGGAAACACUACGACAACACUAUUCUUUUCUCUUUUGUGCCAAUAGAAGAGUUUAUAGUGCCAAGCCAUGUAGCCUCUUGUUGCUGCUUCUUUUCAUCAAUGAGUUGUAAUCAGCUCUAUAUUCUGGCAAAGCCAAUACCCAAGGAAAGGAAGCAAACGUUCCAUCUGUAAUUGUUCCUUUAUGUUUUAUUACUUUCCUAUUUUGCCUUGUAGAAUAGCUGUGCACACUUUUGCUUCUCCAUGUGUUAAUAAUUGCUUUUCCCCUUGCGAAUAGAGCAAUUAAUGAACAAUAUGUUUUAUUUUUGAUUAUUGUACUUUGUGAUAAUAAAAAGAAAAUAAUGAAA